AUGGGUGAGCUGAAGUAUCGGAGUGUCAAAGUUGAGGAGAAAGAGGUGGCAGAUUCCGGGCCCACUGUAUCGUCACUACUCCAAAAGGCAACUCUCAACGACACCCAGCUUAGCUCCAGUGCAUAUUUUUUAUGGUCCAAGGACGCUACACUUGAGGCUCUGAGGACUCUCUCUGUCACCGAUGUCCUCGUUCUCUUCACGCCGGUCAUCCCUCCCCCGCCUGGGGGGAGUUCUCAGUCUAGCGCUCGGGAUUCCGGCCAAGAUCAAGCGAUGGAUCCAUUCGAACCUCUAGGGCGUGCGCUCAGCAAGUACCAUAGGCGCAUCCGGCACGUCCCAUACGUGCCCGCUGUCGGCAUGACCCAAACGCAUAUGGCUUUCUUGCAACACGCCAAAGCUGUGGUGGUCGUUUUCUGCCGCGGCGCCAUGCAAGCAGAGGACUCCGUUAGCGAAGAGGGACAGCUGGACUUCGCGCAAACCGCUUGUGAUGAAGCAUCCGGCGGUGGCGUUCCCGCGCUUGUGGUUAUGGUAGCCGGUGACGAGGCUGACACUGAAUGUGUGGAUUUUUGCGAGACGGUGCUUUGCAGCUUCGGGUACACUCCUGAUGCGUUGUGUGGGGUGGCUGACUACAUCUUCGGGAAGUUGAUGGACUAG